CUUGCCUCUCCCAGCUGCUUCACUGGCACUGUCCCAUUCUCCCCCCAUACAAAAAAAACAAAAACACUUGGAACCCUCCUCUGUCAUCUCUGAAUGAGUAUUUGCCCUAUAGUGUAAGGCUGAGCUGAAGCACGCCAACCUACCGAGUACAACUGCUCUGCUUUGGACCGUGACCCCUUCCCCAGCCCCGUACCACUAUAGCUGUAACCAUGGACCGCAUGGAGCUGAAGAAAGUCUGCACGGAGGCAGACGAUGACAGCACAGCCAGUUUGGACGACCGCUUCACAGAGCCCAUCGACUCAGAGAAGGCCACCAUCAACAGUCACUUCCUGGAUGAGGAUGGAGACGCAGAGAGCCACAAAUUUCUCACUAAUGGGAUUAUGAAGAAGAAGAAGUACGAGGAGUAUCAAGAAGAAUACCACCCAGGACAUACCUCCUUUGGUAUGUCGGUCUUCAACCUGAGUAAUGCGAUCAUGGGCAGCGGCAUCCUGGGUCUCUCCUAUGCCAUGGCCAACACUGGUAUUGUGCUUUUUGUAGUCCUUCUCUUGGGUGUGGCCAUCUUGUCGUUGUACUCCGUUCACUUGCUGCUAAUGACUGCAAAAGAAGGAGGCUCUCUCAUCUAUGAAAAGUUGGGAGAGCGAGCUUUUGGCUGGCCAGGGAAAAUGGCUGCUUUUGGAUCGAUAACCCUUCAAAAUAUUGGUGCCAUGUCCAGCUACCUCUUUAUUGUAAAGUAUGAACUGCCAGAAGUGAUCCGUGCCUUCAUGAGACUGGAGCAGAACUCUGGUGAAUGGUACAUGAAUGGAAACUACCUGGUUGUGUUUGUGUCCAUCGGUAUCAUCCUGCCUCUCUGCAUACUCAAAAACCUGGGCUACCUUGGCUACACCAGUGGAUUCUCUCUAUCCUGCAUGGUGUUUUUCCUGGGAGUGCUGAUCUAUAAGAAGUACAACCUCCCCUGCCCGAUGCCCUUCAUGUACCAUCAUACCAACCACAGUAUGAAUGGAACAGCCCUGGGGCCCCACGCCCUGCACAACGGCACCGUCCUCAUGGASUUCUCCAGAGCUGACAUGUCCCCCGCCUCCUACCUGGACGGCCACCACACCUCAGGGGUCCGCUUCGAACCACACCCCGACGACGUGGAGGAGAUGUGCACGCCCAAGUACUUUGUGUUCAACUCUCAGACUGCUUACACUGUUCCCAUCCUGGCCUUCUCCUUUGUGUGCCACCCUGAAAUUCUACCCAUCUACAGUGAACUCAAAGAUCGCUCCCGGAGAAAGAUGCAGAACGUGUCCAACCUGUCCAUCCUGGCCAUGCUGGUCAUGUACAUGCUCUCAGCGCUGUUUGGCUACCUCACUUUCUAUGAAAACGUGGAGGCAGAGUUGCUCCACACCUUCACCAAGGUGUAUAAGUUUGACACCAUGCUCCUGKUGGUCCGUCUGGCUGUCCUGACUGCUGUCACCCUGACUGUCCCCAUUGUCCUGUUCCCUAUCCGUUCCUCCAUCAAUACCAUGCUGUUCAGCCAACGGGAGUUCAGCUGGGUGCGUCACAUGCUCAUCGCCGCCUUCAUCCUCCUGUUCAACAACCUGCUGGUCAUCUUCGUCCCCAGCAUCAGAGACAUUUUCGGCUUCAUCGGCUCCUCUGCAGCCACCAUGCUCAUCUUCAUCCUCCCUGCUGCCUUCUAUCUACGRCUGGUCAAGUCCGUGCCGAUGCGCUCCGUGCAGAAGAUCUCGGCGGCCAUUUUCCUGGUGGUGGGCAUCAUCUUCAUGUURAGCAGCCUGUCGCUCAUCGUGAUGGACUGGAUCCACAACCCUCCCGGCUCCGGUGGUGGUCACUAAGAGGACCCCCCUUACCUCCACCCCCUCUCACCUCAAACCCCCUCCCCUGACUGUGCCUUGGGGGUAAGGUCACCGGGCCCACGGGGUGCCCCCACACAUCACCUACAGACUGAGUACUUCAGCGUACUGUAAAGGGGCGGUUCGCUUUUCUCAACCCCACCCCUUUCCACAAAGUAUUACUGGAGGGGACUACGUUCUACGACUUAAACAGACUCUUAAGUUCGUUAUUCUUUUUCUUUCUUGUUGUUGUUGGAUGGUUUAGUUCUAAAGAAUCCUCGACAACAGGGACUCGCCGAAAGGACACAAAGUAAUCAAGGAGGACGGUCAGAAACGGGAGAAAAGACGUCAGACGCUGCGGCUGUUGCUGCGCGCCCUGCCGUAGUUGUCUAGAUAGCCCAUCAACCCUACUCUGUGAUAUUACCUGAGCAGAGGAAAAAAUAUGAGCAGGGACCUCAACCAUUAAACGGUCAAGAGAACCCAAAGAGAACGAGAYCUGAUCUGAGAGCUGCCACUAUUGGAGCUGGUUGUGACUGCAGGCGUGGCUUCAGGGCCAUGGGCUCUGCACACUUGAAGAUUAGAGAGAGAGAGAGAGAGGUGAGACAAGGGUUCAAAAACAAAGAGCACUUUUAGCAUAUGUUUCAAGUUUUAAUGUAUUUUUAACACAUCCAGACACACACA